AUGAGUGACAAUUUAAUUCAACCAUUAACGUGUUUAAAACUGAUGGAUCCAAAAACAUUAGGCAGCAAACAUCGUGCACGGAGGCGAAGAGGGCGACGAUUAUCGCGAAAACUGCCAAGCAGAAUCGGGCGAUUAGUGUUGAAUGAGAAGGUGGUACCAAAUUCAGCCAGCAUCUCCACGACUGAACAUAUACAGACAGCACCGAUGAGUCGAUCGACUCAGACAACGAAACAACGGAACUUGCAGAUUGAGGCUGCGUCAACCAUCCAACCAGUCACCCCCAGCAGCGCACCUGCAGCUCUCCUGAUCGACGCUAUCGGCGGACGCAAGUUGUCUGAUCUGAAGAGAAUGCUGCGAAUUGGCACCAAUGAUUUACUUGAACGAUCGGCAAUGAAUAUGAUAGCCAUUGUCGAAGAGAUAGUUAUUUUAUUACGUGGUGUAAACGCAAUGAUUGAUAUUUUAUUUUGUGAAAUUGGGCCGAGGCAUUUUCGCGGUAACCAUAAAUUUCCGCCAGAUGAUGAUCAUACGCUCGAGAGAAUUCUGGCAUACAAUAGUUUGCUGGCUAACGUUUGCGGCUGUGGUGUACUCAAGUUGAGCUACACAUUAUCAGACUCUAUCGAUGGUCUUCAUCCUGGACCAAUUGGUUUGUCAACGGUUGUGCGCAUUUUGAAAGCUUAUUUUGAUUGA